GGUGAUUGCAGAACUCUUUCACAGACUAAUCCGUCGAGAUAUCAACAGUUUGAGGCCGUCGCUGCUGGACAUCUCGGAGAGAUUUUUCAACUUGUGUCGAAAGAGGGCAGCGAUGCGAUGCGCGUCGUCACACGCGUGAGAAGGUUACGAUUCUCUCGGAAAGUGUGUUGGGCUGUUAUUCCUGCUGCCUGGUUCGUCUUCUUCAUAACUCUCUCUCUCUACAAUGACCGUGAAGUCGCUGACAACGUUAUUGCCACGGAGUUGACAAAAGCUGGUUGGAAGACCACGUCUCCAAAUGAACUUCCUUUCGACGAAUCGACUUUUUCGUCGACACGACUUGGCAACAGGACAUUCCAAGUUCAGAAGAAAAUAUUGUUAGUUCAUAAAUCUUGGAUAAAAGAACGCUCGAAGCUCUCUCACUAUGUAGCACGGUUUUUGGACGGCCUUCGUGCGCCGUACGUUGUAAGUGAAGUUGACGAUAGGCCGUUUUUGGAUUUAAAAGAAGAUCUAAAACCGGAUGUAACUGUUGGACGUUAUUCACUUGUAAUUUUCGUAGACAUCAAAACUUACCUAGAACUCAAACCCAAUGUGCAGCAAAUAGUAAGACUCUACUGCAAGAAAUUUGCUACAGGCCUUCUGUUUUUCAUCUCAAAUCAUGUAGGAGCGAUACCAGAGUUUGGCAUUGAGGUUAUAAAACCGCAGAAGGAAAAACAAACGUUAGAUGUUGAGGUAAAUGAAACCUCGAAGCUUUUACGAAUAACUCGAAGAGGCGGCUCUGUCUUAAAGCCUUACGUACAGAAAGGACAGGGAACUAGGUGGAGUUUUCUUCGAUAUGACCCUUCAGUAACUCCCUACGAAACAGUUGAGUAUGUUGUUAAUCGUAACAAGAGACGAGAACGAGACCUGGAAAUCGCAGUGACCGACCAAGCCACGGUAUUGCUGGACGAUGGGCGAAAAGACGGUGUUAAAAAAGUGUUUUUCGGCGGAGGUUUUCCGUUUUUCCUACACACAAUGUUGUUUAUGGACAGCCUGGAGUAUUUAUCCCCAGUUAGUCCUACUGUGUUUUCGCUUGAGAGAUAUCUACAGAUUGACGUUGACGAUAUUUUCAUCUCCAAGACUGGGAUAAGGAUGAAAAAACGAGACGUUCUGGUAAGUUUUAUUCCCGUACUGUGCACCUGGCCACAAAUUAAUAAAUUUUAUAAGUUGGAGUGGGUUUUUUGAUGAAACAUAGUCUGCGCGCAAGGAAAAACAACCCCUGCGAGACUAAUUUCUCGCUCUCACAACCACCAUUGAAAAACAAAUUACUUUAAUCUUUUUACCUUUUUAUUUUAGCAAGUAUUAAAUGUAGCUGCUCAAAAACAGUUUGAUGUUUUAAACUAGCUAAGAAAGAGAAAAUUCCUAACGAAGUUAACGAUGACCCAGUUUGCUGAGCAUAUUGGCAAACUCCAAAUCUGAUGAAAUAGACAGGUAUCCGCACUAUUUCAUAGAGUGUUUCUGUCGUGGGCUUAUUGGUUAAUAGUUGCCUGAAAAAAUUUUCAAGUGUUAGAAA